AUGGGCUGUGUACUAGGGAGGGCAGUCCGCCGAGGCGUUCCAGAGAGGGUUUUCCGCCGAGGCGGAGGUGUACUGGCGAGAAGUUCAUGGGAGGAAAGUGAGGCAGAGGCGGGUUGAUUUACCGGAUGUGACGUGAGAUUCGUGCUGUUCCACAGAGCUUCCGCUGAGCGAUGGCGGCUCUCAGGCGGGUUCCGGUUUCAGUUUGGCCUCGCUGAGGGCCCGGGCGGUCGCCUAAACGGGCUCGGCUCCGUCAGCGGCGGCCGUAGGAGGGGCGUGGGGAAGAGUCGGCGUCCUCAGUCCCGUCAAGCUGGAGAGGCCGGGGAGCCUGGGGCGGACGGCGAUGAUGAUGAAGAACCAGUGUCUGCUGGGACUGAAAACGUUCGUGGCGUUCGCGGCCAAAGUCUGGAGCUUCAUCGUUUAUAUCUUACGGCGGCAGAUCCGUACCAUUAUUCAGUAUCAGACAGUCCGAUAUGAUAUUCUACCUCUCUCGCCCAUCUCAAGGAACAGACUCAGUCAAGUGAAGGGAAAAGUGCUGGUGCUCGACCUGGAUGAAACGUUAAUUCACUCUCACCACGACGGUGUGCUGAGGCCCACCGUCCGACCAGGAACGCCACCUGACUUUAUAUUAAAGGUUGUGAUCGACAAACACCCAGUCCGGUUCUUUGUCCAUAAACGACCGCACGUCGAUUUCUUCUUGGAGGUGGUCAGUCAGUGGUAUGAAUUGGUGGUCUUCACGGCCAGCAUGGAAAUUUAUGGCUCUGCCGUGGCUGACAAGUUGGAUAAUAACAGAGGGAUUCUAAAGCGAAGGUAUUACAGACAGCACUGUACACUGGAGUUGGGUAGCUACAUUAAAGACCUUUCUGUGGUGCAUGGUGACCUUUCCAGCAUCGUCAUUCUAGACAACUCUCCUGGAGCCUACAGAAGCCAUCCAGAUAAUGCAAUACCUAUUAAAUCAUGGUUCAGUGAUCCGAGCGACACAGCACUAUUGAAUCUUUUACCAAUGCUUGAUGCAUUACGGUUUACAGCAGACGUCCGAUCAGUCCUCAGUCGGAACUUACAUCAGCACCGGUUAUGGUGACCCUCAGCUCUUGCCCUCUCAACCUUGGGACUUGACUAUGCCUUAUUGUCACGGAUACACCAAUAUCAAGCCUCUCCGACCCCUCGUGUGAAUUGCAGUUUGACCCCUCCCCUCCAGUCCUCACUCCAUGCCUCUGCUACAGACAUUCUGUGCCGCGCCGGACCUAGUGAUGUGCCGACACUCCGGGCGGACGAAGGCGACACAGGGGCGCGAUACUGCACAGCGCACGGGGGCACGGUUUAAUCCCCACACACCACUGAUUAUGAAGAAGCUUAUUUUUCUCUCCCCACUUAGUUUUUUUUAAAAUUAAUUUUCUUGUAUUGAAAGUGUCUUGUACACUAUUCCUCUCCCCCCCAGCUUUGUUUCUCCUCCUGCCCCUACCUUCAGCACUUUCCCUGAACUUGCACUGACUUUGAAAACAGAUCCACUCUUCCCAGACAUACACAGCCCAAGAACCUCUGUCUGUCUCUCUCCCUUCCCUAUCUGUCUCAUCUGCACCACCCUCCCCACACUGUCUGCCCAUCUCUCUCACCGUGCCCCGUAAACUCCACCUGUUUGUAGUCAGUUAUCUGAACACGGGCAAGACUCUUCUGCCAGCACAGGCUUGGUUUCGUCCAUGGGACUGCAAAGAAUCUGGCUCGUAGCCAUGGCAACCUACCCGGAAGGAGCUGCUGGCAAAUGGCGACGUAAUGCACCCUGUUAGCUCACCCCGAUCACUCCAACCUCCUCGACUGGUCUUCCCAGUCUGCCCAGCGCUGAGAAAUCCGCCUUUCCUCCAAACCGGGACUGCCGAGACUUCGGUUUGAAAGCAUCCGACGCACGUGUGAUUAAAUCGACAGUGGGAGCAACUGCUUCCCGGACUUGGUCUGUUGAAAACUUUCUCGAUGGAACAUUGGUUGGGAAUAGGCUCCAGCGGGAGCCGUACUCUGUGUUAAACCAUAUGCUACCCUGUCUACCUCCUUCCAACGUGGGUGCAGAAUAAAUUAACAUGUUUUUUUCCAUUUAACAAUAAAACAUUUUUAUUUAAAGU